AAGUAGAGCCUCGCUGCAAGAAAAUUAUUUUUCAUUCUAAAUUUAUAGAAUACAUUUCCUUAAAAUGGCGCUCACAGAAACUUCCCACUGUUCAGAUGGUGACAUUGAUUGUAUGUUUGCCUCUCGUUAUCUUCAGAAUUCUCUACCAAAGUUUGAGCUUCCUCAGAAAUCAAUUCCAAAGGAGGCUGCAUAUCAGGUCAUCAGUGAUGAGCUUAUGCUUGAUAGCAAUCCAAGGCUUAAUUUGGCCUCUUUUGUGACAACAUGGAUGGAGCCUGAGUGUAAUAAGCUCAUUAUGGAAGCUAUCAAUAAGAACUAUGUUGAUAUGGAUGAGUACCCUGUCACCACUGAGCUUCAGAACCGGUGUGUGAAUAUAAUAGCUCGAAUGUUCCAUGCACCUAUUUCUGAUACAGAGCAAGCUAUUGGUGUUGGGACUGUGGGAUCUUCAGAGGCUAUAAUGCUCGCUGGUCUUGCAUUCAAACGCAAAUGGCAGAACACGAGAAAAGCUCAAGGGAAGCCUUAUGACAACCCCAAUAUUGUUACUGGUGCCAAUGUCCAGGUCUGUUGGGAGAAGUUCGCUCGGUAUUUUGAGGUGGAACUGAAAGAGGUGAAGCUGAGAGAAGAAUAUUAUGUUAUGGACCCUCGAAAAGCUGUAGAAUUGGUAGAUGAAAACACCAUUUGUGUUGCUGCCAUCUUAGGGUCUACUUAUAAUGGCGAAUUUGAGGAUGUGAAACUGCUCAAUGACCUUUUGAUGGAAAAGAAUAAUAAAACAAAGUGGGACACUCCAAUACAUGUUGAUGCUGCAAGUGGUGGGUUCAUUGCACCAUUUCUGUAUCCAAAUCUGGAGUGGGACUUCAGGCUGCCAUUGGUGAGGAGCAUCAAUGUGAGUGGGCACAAAUAUGGACUUGUUUAUGCUGGAAUUGGAUGGAUUGUUUGGCGUGGCAAGCAAGACCUUCCAGAAGAACUUAUUUUUCAUAUCAAUUAUCUUGGAGCUGAUCAACCCACUUUCACACUCAAUUUCUCUAAAGGUGCAAGUCAAGUCAUUGCUCAGUACUACCAACUCAUUCGCCUUGGCUAUGAGGGAUACAGGAUGAUCAUUGAAAACUGCAUGGCGAAUGCCAAAUAUUUACGUGAUAGCCUUCUAAGAACAGGGCGAUUCAAUAUGCUGUCAAAAGAGGUGGGUGUACCUCUAGUUGCCUUCUCUCUGAAGGACAAGCUCAAGUACAAUGAACAUGAUCUUUCAGAACACCUGAGAAGGUUUAAGUGGGUGGUGCCUGCGUAUAAUAUGGCUGCAGAUGUUCAGCACAUAACCCUUCUGCGUGUGGUGAUACGAGAGGAUUUCAGCAGAAGCUUGGCUGACAGGCUCGUACAAGAUUUCCGUACAGUUUUGGAUGAAUUGGACUCCUUACCAUUCAAGCGAGAGAAGGGGAAGAGGGCUAAUGUUGCUGCUUCUGCAACUGGACAUGGCCAGGGGGUUUUAACUAGGAGGAAGUUGAAGGACCUAAAUGCCCCGCGCAAAACCAAAGCAAUUUGUUAAAUACCAUUCUAACUGCUUAACCUAGUAGUUUCAAUCAUUGGCAAUGUUGGGAGAUUAUUACAUACUCUCGUUUAGGAAUAUUAAGAUACUAGCAGUUGCAUGGAAUAGAGGUGUAAGGAUUUUCUGGAUAUAAAAAAUGUCUAAGCUAAUAUGUUAGAGUAUAUUUCUAUUUGAGCGUAGAAGAUACAAUAAUUUUAUUUAUUAAAUUUUGUAAGGUAAUAUAAAAUUAUAUUCUAUGUCA